AUGCUGCCCGGGCUCAGGCGCCUGCUGCCAGGUCCCGCCUCAGCCUGCCUCCUGCUGCUGCUCCUGGCCCUGCCCCCAGCAGCCCCCAGCUGCCCCAUGCUCUGUACCUGCUACUCGUCCCCGCCCACCGUGAGCUGCCAGGCCAACAACUUCUCCUCGGUGCCGCUGUCCCUGCCGCCCCGCACCCAGCGCCUCUUCCUCCAGAACAACCUCAUCCGCACGCUGCGGCCGGGCACCUUCGGGCCCAACCUGCUCACGCUGUGGCUCUUCUCCAACAACCUCUCCGCCAUCUACCCGGGCACCUUCCGGCACCUGCAGGCCCUGGAGGAGCUGGACCUCGGCGACAACCGGCACCUGCGCUCCCUGGAGCCCGACACCUUCCAGGGCCUGGAGCGGCUGCAGUCGCUGCACCUGUACCGCUGCCAGCUCAGCAGCCUGCCCGCCAACAUCUUCCGCGGCCUGGUCAGCCUGCAGUACCUCUACCUCCAGGAGAACAGCCUGCUCCACCUCCAGGAUGACCUGUUCGCAGACCUGGCCAACCUGAGCCACCUCUUCCUGCACGGGAACCGCCUGCGGCUGCUGACGGAGCACGUGUUCCGCGGCCUGGGCGGCCUGGACCGGCUGCUGCUGCACGGGAACCGGCUGCAGGGCGUGCACCGCGCGGCCUUCCGCGGCCUCAGCCGCCUCACCAUCCUCUACCUGUUCAACAACAGCCUGGCCUCGCUGCCCGGCGAGGCGCUGGCCGACCUGCCGGCGCUCGAGUUCCUGCGGCUCAACGCCAACCCCUGGGCGUGCGACUGCCGCGCGCGGCCGCUCUGGGCCUGGUUCCAGCGCGCGCGCGUGUCCAGCUCGGACGUGCCGUGCGCCACGCCCCCCGAGCGCCAGGGCCGGGACCUGCGCGCGCUCCGCGAGGCCGACUUCCAGGCCUGCCCGCCCGCCGCGCCCACGCGGCCCGGCAGCCGCGCCCGCGGCAACAGCUCCUCCUCCAACCACCUGUACGGCGUGGCCGAGGCCGGCGCGCCGCCCGCCGACCCCUCCACCCUCUACCGAGACCUGCCCGCCGAGGACCCGCGGGGCCGCCAGGGCGGGGACGCGCCCACCGAGGACGACUACUGGGGCGGCUACGGGGGCGAGGACCAGCGCGGGGAGCAGACGUGCCCCGGCGCGGCCUGCCAGGCGGCCCCGGACUCCCGGGGGCCCGCGCUCUCGGCCGGGCUCCCCGCGCCUCUGCUCUGCCUCCUGCUCCUGGCGCCCCAGCACCUCUGA